CUAGUGCGUUUAAUUCUGACGGUGAAAAUAUGACUGGAAAAAUUCAAAAAAUCAUCUCGGAGGCUUGCAGUGAACGCGAGGGCAAAAAUAUGCAACGCUCGGCGACCGUGCCACCGCCUAACGAUUUAAUCGACUGUUCAAGCUUUGUCAUUGACUUUUCGGGUCGCAAAUCUAUCAACAUUGGACUUGACGCCUCGGACGUUUUCAACGUGUGCGUUCAGAUUAUAACGCCGUCGAGGCAUGUGUGUAUAACAAGUGUAUUCUUACAUAGAAUUUUCUCACUCCUACCAUACAUACUCCCGAAUAUAUCCAAUCCACCGGUUAAAAGCCGUGAGAGACUUUUUCUCAAAGACGAGAAUAACACGCUUUCCAGAACUACAUAUCGCGGUGAAAGUAUGCUCGUGCUCGAAUCGCAUCUACAACAAGGAUGCCGUGUGCUGUUGAGUGAGCGCGAUCUAUUAAGAAUACACGAGAUACGAUGGGCCGUCAGCGAAUCGAUCUCCCGAAAAUCUAACGUAACGCGCUGCGCGGUUAUGGUGCAAAUCGAUCAGAUAGCUACACAUUUGAACACUAAUGUGUAUGUCGAUAAAUCGUCUACCGUAGAAGAAAUUACUACAGUCACCAGUAAUAUACAUAAUGACCUCCACACGAUGAAUAUAUUUCCAAAUAGUGAGAACAGUUUCAUAAACCAGAUAAAAUUGAUGGCCAAAAAACAGCUGGCAUUGUGUUGGACGGGCAAUAUUCAAAAUAACAGUAUAGGCUACGUGCCGAGUAAUGGUGGUGUCGGUGCAGACAUUGAAGAGAUUUUCGGGUACCAUGAAAACGAGGGGCCUGCGGUGUACACAUAUUAAGAUUGUCGUUGUUGACAGUCACAUCAUCGACCUUGGCAUUCCGGCUGCUGACCAAGGAUAAUAAUAUUAAGGCGAAACACAUGUAUAUCACGUUAUAAUUUGUAUAUAUGUAUAUAUAUGUACCAUAUGUGUGUGAGAU